GUCUAUGAUUUUGGACCAGAAGCUUGAGAAAGUAACAGAAACAUAGAAUGCACGUGGAGGGCGACUAUUUUUGCGAGCAAUAAGUUAUUAUCACGCGGGUGUGUUUGAAGUAUACUAUACAAAUACGGUGACUAUAUAAUAUAGGAACGAAGAAAAAACGGAAUGGCAUAAUGUAAAGGAGAUCAAACGACUAUUCGCUUGUAAUCAAUUACUACAAUAAUUGAAGAUGACCAUGGAUGGUAGUAGCAGCAAUGAACAAGUUAUUCUUGUAACAGGUGGUUAUGAUCAUACUAUUAAAAUAUGGCAACCACAUACUGGAGUUUGUCAACGUACUGCAGAACAUACAGAUUCACAAGUUAACGCUUUAGAUAUUACUCCAGAUAAAUAUUUAAUAGCUGCUGCUGGGUACCAGCACAUAAGGAUGUAUGACUUAGUUUCAAAUAAUCCAAACCCAAUUAUUAAUUAUGAAGGAGUAUCAAAAAAUAUUACAGGCUUGGGUUUCCAGGAAGAGGGUAAAUGGAUGUAUACGGGUGGUGAAGAUUGUUCUGCUCGCAUUUGGGAUCUCAGAUCGAGUAGUUUUCAAUGCCAGCGAAUAUUUCAAGUGUCAGCUCCUGUGAACUGUGUGUGUUUGCAUCCGAAUCAAGCAGAACUUAUUGUUGGUGAUCAAAGUGGUGUUAUACAUUUGUGGGAUCUACGUUCAGAUCAUAACGAACAAUUGAUACCAGAGGCUGAAGCAUCUGUCCAAGAUGUUGCAAUUGAUCAAGAUGGUACGUACAUGGCAGCAGUGAACAACAAAGGCCAUUGUUACAUUUGGACGCUUACCGGAGGUGUUGGUGAUGAGCCUACACGCCUUAAUCCUCGUCACAAACUUACUGCGCACAAACGUUAUGCACUUCGAUGCAAGUUCAGCCCCGAUUCUACGCUUUUAGUAACUACAUCCGCUGACCAAACUGCUCGAGUUUGGAAAACUACAGAUUUCUCGGAAGUGCAAGUACUUCAACAUGAAGCAAAACGAUGGGUGUGGGAUGCUGCAUUUAGCGCAGAUUCACAAUACAUAUUUACUGGUAACAACGUACUUUCCUAUUUAAUUUUUAUUAUCAUAAUUUGUAGGUUAGAUUUCAACACUUUGUUUAAUUUAGCUUCGUCCGAUGGUGUAGCAAGAUUAUGGAACGUAUCAACAGGAGUUGUAGAACGAGAGUAUCAGGGUCAUCAAAAAGCUGUUACCGCUCUCGCAUUUCGCGAUGAAGUACUUUCCGUUACCUGAACGAAUUAUAUAUUUAUUUAAAUUUUUUAAUAGAAUAUUAUUUUCAUACGUUUAAUAAUAAGGAAUGUCGUUUUCAACUCAUAAUUUAUAUAACGCUAUGA